AUGCACGUCAUGCCGCUGUCUUGCUGCGUCUUUGUCUGGCUCGCGGCCGCUCCGUGCUUUACGGCGCCCACACUCAUGCCGGCGGGAGACAGCCCUCCUUCCGCUGAACCACAGGUUGACGUGAAGCGGGCCACAGAAUACCUCCAGCGGUACUACAACCUGCAAGAGGAGCCUGAGGGGCGCACGAAGCGCAGCGGCCCCACCUUCGCCUCCAAGGUGAAAGACAUGCAGACGUUCUUCGGUCUCAACGCGACAGGCGUCCUGGACUCGGGGACACGGGAGACGAUGGGGAGCCCUCGGUGCGGCGUCCCAGACGUGGAGGAGUACAGCCACAUCCAGGGGGCACGGUGGCACAAGAAUGUCAUCAGCUACAGCAUUGGCAGGUACACCAGAGACCUGCCUCGCUCCGCCGUGGACUCUCUGGUGGAGUCGGCUCUGGGCGUGUGGGCCCGAGCCAGCGGCCUGACCUUCGUCAGGACGCACAGCCGCAAGGCCGACGUCGCGGUGGAGUUCGCAACUUACGCGCACGGCGACUUGCAUCCGUUCGACGGACCCGGAGGCACGCUGGCUCACGCUUUCGGUCCGGGCCCGGGCGCCGGAGGGGACGUGCACUUUGACGACGACGAGCGGUGGACAGCGGGAGAAACAGGUUUUAAUCUGUUUGUUGUAGCCGCACAUGAAUUCGGGCACGCUCUGGGCCUUAAGCACUCCAGGAACCCGCAGUCGCUGAUGUACCCGACCUACAGAACCUUCCGUUCAACCAACCUGUUGUCCGGAGAAGACGUGGCAAAUAUCAACGCACUUUACAGUCCAGCGAGAGUUCAUCCGAAUUACUUCUCGAGGUUCGGCAGGAGCUCUCAGCAGAACCCCGUGCCGUCAGGACCUCCGUUCCCUCAACUCACGCAGAACCGAUGCGCUGUGGACCUGACCUUCGACGCCGUGUCCCUUCUGGGUGAUGCCACCUUCUUUUUCAGAGACAGGUACCUCUGGAUUAAACAUAAUGAGCAAUAUGACAUCAAAGAAGGUCCCAUCACCAACUUCAUGCCCAUGAUUGAAAGCAGCAUCGACGCGGCCUUCCUUGUGCCCCGGAGGUCCACAGCUUACCUCAUCCACGAAUCUACGUUCUGGACGGUGAAGGGCUCUCUGGUGAAGGGAAAGCCUCGAGCACUCAGCCACUUCGGGUUUCCAGCCUGGGUCCAAGACGUCGACGCAGCGGUCCACCUCGUGAAAACGGGGCGCACGCUUUUCUUCAUGCACGACAUUUACUGGAGUUACAAUGAAAACAGAAGGGUCAUGGAUUUUGGUUACCCAAAGUACAUCAGCCAGGACUUUCCUGGAAUCAACACUACAAUAAACGCCGCUGUUCCUAAAGAAGGUUUCAUCUACUUCUUCGUCGGACCACGAGUCUUAAAGUUCGACUACACCCAGAAACUCGUUGUCGGCGUCGAGAGAGCGAAUUCCUGGCUUGGAUGUUGAAAUGUUAUGAAUCCACGAAGAUCCUGAAAACCUUGAAUAAAUUAAAUAAUGAGAAGGGAAA